AUGACAUCACUGAGGGAAAUCCGAGUUCCGAGAUGGAUUUCCUGGAAGGAUGUGUUCCAGCUGAGACUACAAGGGUUCGCUGACGCAUCCGACCAAGCCUACGGUGCCUGCUUGUACGUGCAGGGCACUUUCAUCGACGAGGAGUCCAAGAUGCAGCUUGUUUGCAGCAAGUCUCGGAUCCUACCGAGAAAACGAAGUCCGAAGGAGAAGGCCAUCACGACCCCUCGAGCCGAACUGUUAGCGGCACUGUUACUGGCUCGAAUGAUCGUGAAGUUCCUGAACGCUACGGAGCUUAAGUUUGAAUCAAUACAUCUUUGGAGCGACUCAAAAAUCGUCUUAGCUUGGGUCAAGAAAACGCCAGAACUACUGCAGACAUACGUAUCAAAUCGGGUAAGCGAGAUCCAGCAGCUUAGCCAAUCCUUCCACUGGCAUUACAUUUCCACACAUGAGAACCCGGCCGAUUUGAUUUCACGUGGAGUUACACCGAGGAAAUUGAUUGGUUCAACUAUUUGGUGGCGGCCCCAACCAACACAGCAACUCAUCGAGGAUGAGGACGAAGUGGAAAUUCCGGAUAAUGAGCUACCGGAAAUGCGAGCAGGAGUGGCUUUAGCCAUGACUGUUCCGAUCGAACGUUUUCCGGUCUUUGACAGGUUGAGCAGUUACACACAGAUUGUAAGGAGUAUGGCCUACUUGGUGCGACUAGCUAGGUUCAUCAAGUCACGCAAAGGGGAGGUGGUAAAGGGCCGACUGACAGCGAAGGAAGUGCGUACAGCGACGCUCUUAAUAGUACGGCUGGAUCAACGCGAGACUUUCCAGCCCGAAAUCAUCGCACUUAUGGACGGUGCGAAUACAAAACAUCGACUUAAUGGACUACAAGCGUUUUUGGAUCCUGACGAUGGGAUCAUACGAGUUGGAGGCAGAAUCAAGCGAGCCUUCAUACCUUACGACAGUCGACAUCAGAUGCUGUUGCCGGCUAAGCAUCCAAUCACUGAAGCUCUCGUUCGCGAACUACACAUCGGGCAAAGAGGUUUGCUUGCAGUUGUACGUCAACGGUACUGGCCACUGAAUGUGAAGAAUACAAUUCGAAAGGUGGUACGGAAGUGCAUCGUGUGUUUCAAGGCAAACCCGUUGAAGACGACGCAACUGAUGGGUGACCUACCGUCGUAUCGCGUCCAGCCAGCCCCCGUCUUUUCGAAUACCGGUGUGGACUGCGCCGGUCCCUUCUGGAUAAAAUCAACGACUUCUCGCAAACCGCAAAUCACUAAGGCGUACGUGUGCUUGUUUGUGUUUUUGCAGACUCGGGCGGUUCACUUGGAAUUGGUUUCAGACUUGACUACAGACGCCUUUCUUGCGAGUUUCAGACGGUUCAUCAGUCGACGUGGAUGCCCAAAAACGAUACGCUCUGACAACGCAACUAAUUUUGUCGGUGCUAAAACCGAGCUACAUGAACUUUGGCGUAUGUUCCAGAACGAUUGCGCUAUGAAAAAGAUCACCAACUAUUGCGUCGACAAGGGCAUUGACUGGUCGUUCAUACCACCACGAAGCCCACACUUUGGCGGCAUUUGGGAGGCUGGUGUGAAGCAUGUCAAAUACCACCGAAAACGUAUUGUUGGCGAUAGGAAGCUGUCUUACGAGGAGCUUUACACGACAUUGACCCAGAUAGAAGCGGUACUAAACUCUCGUCCCUUGGUACCGAGUUCAAAUGACCCAUCCGACUACACUGCGAUCACGCCUCCACAUUUUCUGAUCGGACGUGAUAUGCAGACGGUUCCUGAACCUGACUACUCUACCUUGAAGGAAAUCAUCUCUCACGAUGGCAGUUAG